AUGGGCAUUAACAACCCGAUCCCCAGAAGCUUGAAAAGCGAGUCAAAAAAAGCGGCCAAGAUUCUUUCGAGUUUUGUCAAGCCUAACCAAUUAGCAGGUCCGGAUCAGGUUAUUCCCCCACAUAUCUUGAAGAAUGCCAAGGGUUUAGCAAUCAUCACAGUGUUAAAGGCUGGAUUUUUGUUCUCAGGAAGAGCAGGUUCCGGUGUGAUUGUGGCCAGAUUGCCCGAUGGCUCGUGGUCUCCUCCAUCUGCGAUUUUCACAGCAGGUGCUGGUGUUGGAGGACAAAUCGGUGCCGAACUCACUGACUUUGUUUUCAUUAUGAACACACAGUCAGCUGUCGAAUCGUUUGCGCAGGCAGGUUCUAUUACCUUGGGUACUAAUGUGUCUGUUGCUGCCGGUCCCUUGGGAAGAAAUGCAGAAGCAGCAGGUACAGCGUCUUUGAAGUCUGUCUCGGCCGUUUUCUCUUACUCCAAGACCAAAGGUUUGUUUGCUGGUGUUUCUUUGGAAGGUUCUGCUAUUGUCGAGAGAAGGGAUGCAAACAGAAAGUUUUACGGUGCUAACUGCAAAGCCAGAAACAUUUUGAGCGGACAAGUGGAGGCUCCUCCAUCGUGUGAGGCGCUCAUGAGAGUCUUGGAAAGCCGUGCAUUCAAUUACAACUUGCAAGGGGAAGAUUUCUACAAUGACGAUUACUAUGACGACAUUCCAGACGACUUUUCCGAUAGCACUCUGGAAUACUCUUCUAGAAGAGGCGGUUCCAGAUUGCGCAACCAAGGAAGCAGAAGGUAUUCGGAUGAGUAUGGAUACUCGGAUGACGAAUAUUCGGACGAUGAUCACCAUCGGAAUGGUCACCAUCAGAACAGAAGGACAAAUUCUAAUAGAAACAACUCCAUAGGCAACAGGUCCAAAAAUACCUGGGAGGACAAUAUCUACGAUGGUAGAGGAGGGAACAGAAGAGACGUGGACAAUCUAUCUCAACAGUUCAGCAAUACUCGUAUUUCUAACACAAAUACUAGUCCAUCUAGACCACCAGUGACCUCGAAGCCCAAUUUCGGUGGUGCUCCAAAAGCGCAUGCCACCCAAGCCAUUGCUUUGUAUACUUUUAAGGGCGAACAACCUGGCGAUUUGCCUUUCAAGAAGGGUGACGUGAUUGACAUAUUGAAGAAGUCAGAUACUACCGACGACUGGUGGUCCGGAAGAAAUAAUGGUGUAUCGGGCAUUUUCCCAGCCAACUAUGUCGAAUUGAUAUAA